CUAAAAUCGGUUGAUCAAAACAAAUAAACAGAAGAAGAAAAAACGAAAAGAAAAGAAAGAGCAAAAUGAUAAGAAACCGAGUUGGUCGGUCUUGUGGGGCGGGCGUGAAGAGCAUUCGAGAGCGCACAAAAAAAAAAACUAUUACAACCAAAAUAUUACAAAUUUAAAUUCUUAAAAAAUUUCAAAAUAUCACAACAAAAAAAACAAUUUAUUUAUUAAAAACAUUUUGAAAUUACAAAAAAAAAAGAAAAAAAAAGAAAAGAAGAAGAGGAAGAGCUUUUUGUGUUGAAGAGAGAGUUUCCUAUCUUCUCCAUUCCUCCCACCAUCUCCCUCAUCUUCAUCUUCCUCUCUCUUUCUCUCUUUCUCAACAAUCUCUAUUAGAUCUUUCUCCAUUACCAUUACCUCUGGCUUUCUCUUAAAUCCACCAUCAUGAGGAGAGGAAGAGGCUCUUCCGCCGUCGCCGGACCUACCGUCGUUGCCGCCAUCAACGGAUCUGUAAAAGAAAUCAGAUUCAGAGGCGUAAGGAAGAGACCUUGGGGACGAUUCGCAGCUGAGAUCCGUGAUCCAUGGAAAAAAGCUCGUGUUUGGUUAGGUACUUUCGAUUCCGCCGAAGAAGCUGCUCGCGCUUACGACUCCGCCGCUCGUAACCUCCGUGGUCCUAAAGCCAAAACUAAUUUCCCCAUCGAUUCUUCUUCUCCUCCUCCUCCUAAUCUCCGAUUUAAUCAGAUUCGUAAUCAAAAUCAAAACCAAGUCGAUCCGUUUAUGGACCACCGGUUAUUCACCGACCAUCAACAACAGUUCCCGAUUGUUAACCGGCCUACUAGUAGCAGCAUGAGCAGCACCGUUGAAUCGUUUAGCGGACCCAGACCUACGACGAUGAAACCGGCCACGACGAAGAGAUAUCCUAGAACUCCACCGGUUGUUCCGGAGGAUUGUCACAGCGAUUGCGAUUCGUCGUCGUCUGUAAUCGACGACGACGACGAUAUCGCAUCGUCUUCACGGCGACGGAAUCCGCCGUUUCAAUUCGAUCUUAAUUUUCCACCGUUGGAUUGUGUUGACUUGUUCAAUGGCGCUGAUGAUCUUCACUGUACCGAUCUACGUCUCUAAUGAAUUGGUAAAAUCAAAAUCAAAAUCACAGAUCCGUGAUCGGUUUGAUUUUAAUCGAAAACACACAACAAAAUCCUUUUUUUUUUUUUUUUUAAAUUUUCUGUUUCGUUGAUCUCAUAUAAUUUUUACUAUGCGGGAGAAAUAGAAAGACAAAGAAACGAAGAAGAAGAAGAAGAUGGUGAUGAGCUUGAGAGAGCUUGAGCUGGUUCUGUGUUUCUUCUGUGAUGAUAUUGUAAGAGUAUUAUUAUUUUACUAUUAUUACUAAAUCUUCAAAACCAAGAAGAAGAAGACCGAACACGAUGAUCUGUUGUGUCUGUUUGUUUUACUGUAAGAAAAACGCAGAUCUGGGUUUCGUUUUUUUCUUGAGAUAGAUCAAACAACCCCCAUCUUUGUAACAUAUACAUUUGGAACACUCAUGAUUCUAAAUAAAAAAUCUAGAAUCUUUUUUUCAUCUUCUAGAGCUCUGAUGAGUUUUGUUCAAAGAUCAGUUCUUGUUCACGUGAAUUAAGCUAGAAGAAAGACAAAUGAAGCUAGUUUUGUAAACUGUUCAUGGAUUGAAUCUUAACAAGUUCUGUAGCAGUGAGUGAUUUGGUUAAUUAGAGAUUAAGAUUUUUGGUUGUUUAUUUUACA